AUGGCGACAAAUCAAGAUGCCCCGCCUCCGGUGGCCGACUCGACCCUGCAACUCGAUAUAGCCAAGCUUCAUGGUCUCCCGUCCGAGCAACAGGACCUAUACCUCUUGACCUUCACCUCGGACCUCUCUCGUUACGCAACCUCUCUGGAUGAAGAUGGAGCUUCAGCUCACCAGGUCUGGAUCAAGAAGGAACUUCUACAGGUUGUCGACCUCUCAUCACCCGCUCCAACACGUGUCAUCCGUAACAAUCUCGCUUCCACCUUCGCAUCUCUCUUCACCAAAGGCAAUCGCAAGUUGCUAUACGAGUCCAUAAACGACCUGGUCGCAAUCUUGAAUGCUGGGAAAGAUAAGCCUCUCAAGGCCAAACAUGCUGCUGUACACUGUCUGGGUGCCGUCUUCGAGGCUGCUGGUGACAGCGCUAUCAGUCUGUCUGCCUUGACUUGUACUUCGCUGCUGCGAACUCUCAAACUAGCCUGGUCCCAUGCGGGCUUGCGGAGUGCUGUGUACAAGGCCCUGGGAAGAGUCGCCAGAGGCAUUGGAAACUCGAUUGACGAGUCUGUCGCAAAGGAGACCUGGAAAUCGGCGCGUACUGCUGCUUCGAGCGACAAGGCUCUGCUGGUUCAGAUUAAUGCUUGUUGGUGCCUCGAGCAGCUGGCUACUUGCACAUCCUAUUAUGACAACUCCAACGAUUUCGAGAAGCUGCAGACCGCCUUGUGGAAAGCCAUAGACAGCCCUUCCGUUCCAGUGCGUCACGCUGCCUCUACCUGCAUGGCCGCUGUUCUUGUCAAGAGCUUCUCUGAAAAACCUGUUCGAGACGUUCUACCUCCCAAAAAGUCGAAAAAGUCAAAGAAACAAGGAGCCGCUGAUGAAGGCGAGGAGGACAUAGAGCGUUCUACUACACCCGUGUCCUCCAAGCCAAUCACAUCAAUAGCCUUCAGCUUGUUGGAUAUCAUGCGUCAACUUUCUACUCAGUACUGCAAACCGGCGGCUUCCAACAGGACCCGCGCUGCUAUUGCCAUAUGUUACAAGCAAAUAUUCACUGCGCUUGGUGAGAGCGUUGUCGAGAGGCAAUAUGGUGUUAUUGCCAAACAUCUGUUUACAGAUUUGCUAAGCCACCAGAGUCUGAUAUACCACCGCUAUCGUACACUCAUGACUAGAAAAUUCGUCCGCAUUAUUUUACAACAUGUGGUGGGUGGCAUGCUUGGAGAGACAUCGCAACUAAACGCUGCCCGAUUCCUCAUGAACGACAUCAUCAAAGACUACCCACAGGUCAUCAAAGAGCGUCCGGAGCCCGGAAAACAAAUACUUACCGCCGCCUUGAGUGCUCUGGCAUCAUUGAUAGACAAAUUGGACGCUGCUGUGAGCAUCAUCUCCGAAAGCUGUCGCGAGUCACUAUUGCAGGUUCUGCAACAUCCAAGUUACACUGUUCAAGUCCACGCUUCGAGGUGUAUGAGAUCCUUUGUGUUCGCUUGUCCGCAGCAGCUUCUCCCGACUGUAACAAUUUGCAUGAACAGUGUUAAUAGAGAGAUUGGUCUCCUUACUGGUCCUCGACAAAGUCCAAGGAGAUGUGCCGGAUAUGCAAACGGCCUUGCUGCGGUCUUGAGCGCCUCGAACAAACAUCCUCUUUACGGCUCCGUCGAUGUCUACGCCCGUGUACUCACACAAGCUACUGCUCUGCUCAAGUCCAGCAGUAACUCUGACCUACGUGCCUCCAGCACCCAAGUGCAGGUCGCUUGGAUCAUGAUAGGUGGCCUCAUGUCGCUGGGACCUAACUUUGUUAAGAUCCAUCUUUCACAAUUGUUGCUCAUGUGGAAAAAUGCUCUUGCGCAUCCAAACAAAGAUAACAUGGCGCGUCAAAGUCAGCUGGAGCUAAGCUUCCUUGCUCAUGUUCGUGAGUGCGCAUUGGGAUCUGUCAAGGCAUUCUUACAUUACAACAUCAAGCUCUUGACCUCGGAUGUGUCGAGGCGUCUCGCGAGCAUGUUGCAAAACACUGGUACAUUCCUCUCCAUCUUACCUGACAAGAAGACGUCUGAAGACAUGUCGCAACGGUUGUCUCCUGCUCUUCAGCUGGUCGAUUUCGAUCUUAUGGUCAGGCGUAGGGUCUUCCAGUGUUACACCGCUCUUGUGACUGCAAGCCCAGCCGCAGCUUCAGAGAUUGCAACACAGUCGAACGUUCUGCCGCUAGCUAUUUCUUCGUUUGCUGACCCAGAUCGCCUGGGUCCUUCAUCGCUGAGUGUAUCAAUUGCUAGUUCUGCUGGCACACUCGAUAGUAUCUGGGGCGUUGGCGACAAUAGUGGCUUCGGUGUCAACGGCCUGAUCAAUGGCUUGGACUACUCUCCUCUACCAUUUGAGAAACGUGCCAAUUCUCAAGAUCACUGGACGUCGAGGCACAGCUAUGAAGCUAUAGUAGAUAGAACGCUUCUCUCACCGAUCGGUGGAGCAUGGGAGCACGAUUCCACGACUUCUUACGUUACGCCUGAUGGACCUCAAAUAUACGAUCAACCACAGCCACCUGCGACCGAGGUGGUGAACAGUGCAAUCGGCAUCUUUGCAUUAGCACUUCCCUUACAGUCUCCCAGGAUACAGGACAGUAUACUCGAGCAAAUAAACUCAUUCUUGACAUCGCCUUCUGUGCAGAAGAGUGUCGCACAAAAGACUGCACUAAGCGCAAACAUUGCAUUAGCUCUAUUGGUAACCUCUAAGGUCUUGACGGGACAUGUAAAGGGUCUGGAAGGUAAACUUCAAAGCGCAAACGCCGAGAAGAAUAUGCAGAACCUCCUUCACAUUUUUGUUGCUGACCCCGACGAAAGCGUUCGUCAUGUUGCUGCUCAAGCUUUAGGCCACCUUUGCGAAGUCGGCGGCAAUGACUUGACUUCACGCGAGAUCAACUAUUUGAUUGAAACCAUUGUCUCUAAUACCGAACCUCAUGUCCGAUCUGGCUGCGCCCUGGCCCUUGCUUGUAUUCACAACUCGCUCGGGGGUAUGGCAGCCAGUUUCCAUCUCAAAACCAUACUUGGUAUCUUCAUGUCUCUUUGCGCCGAUCCUCAUCCGUUGGUACACUUCUGGGCUCUGGAAAGUCUGAAACGGAUCGUUGAUUCCGCUGGCUUGACGUUCUCGGGGUACGUUUCGAGCACGAUUGGUCUUCUUGGUCAAUUGUAUGUGCUGGACACACACAACGCCGAGACUGGACCUUUAGCAUCUUCCAACCUAGAAGUUGAGCUGGAGACGACUGCUGCGAACGUGUGCUGUGUUGACGCCAUUAUCAACGUGAUGGGACCAGACCUUUCUGAGAUGGCCAAACCUCGUGGCAUGGUAUUGACUCUGAUUCGACAGUUCCAGACAGAAAGUGACAUUCUAGUACUAGUGGAGAGCACCAGGUGUUUGGGCAAUCUCUCAAUGUACGCACCUGGCCACAUGGAAUUUGAGGAGUAUGUAAAGCGCUUGCAAGCAGAUCUCGACUCUCCAUCUCCUGAGAUACGCAACAUGGCCAUCGGAGGAUUGGCCAAUCUCAUGCGAAGAGACGCCGAGGACAUUGUACGCGCCGCCAAUCCUGGACUGGAAGAUAAACUUUGGGACAUUCUCGAUCAGAACCCCGCCCAGGAGACCAUCAAGGAGAUUUUUGUCAACUGGUUGUCGCAAACUGGACUGACAGAUACGGCGGGCUGGAUUCAAAGAUGCAACUCAGUUCUCACUAAGGCAAAGGCUCGCGUUGACAACGCUGCUCAAGACGAGAAAGCAGCCAGAAAAGCAGCUGCCACUGACCUUCAAGAUGAAGAAGUUGCAGGUUUUGCUGCUGGGGCAGGCACAAAGGAUGAAGACGCUUCCGCGCCCACGUCAAGUCAGGAGCUUAUGAGAUGGCAAGUGCGCCUCUUCGGCAUGGAGCUUCUUAACAGUCUCUUGGACAGUGUUGUCAAGGAGUCGGCCGCUAACGAAGAUAUCCCUGCUUUGAUCUCGCUCCAACAGAGGGUGGCAGAUGUUGUACGAGUCGCUUUCUCCGCUUCUACCGCUAAUGUCGUUGGUCUUCGCAUCCUCGGUCUGCACAUCAUCGACCAAGUGCUCAGAUUGUUUGGUGGUGUGCCCGAUCCCGACUUCACCGAAGCCAUGCUUCUCGAGCAAUACCAAGCACAAAUCAGCUCCGCAUUGACUCCUGCGUUCGCCGUCGAUUCUUCGCCUGAAUUGGCUGCCGAGGCCAUCAACGUUUGCGCCACUUUCGUGUCGACAGGUAUCGUUACCGAUGUCGAUCGCAUGGGCCGUAUCUUGAAGAUCCUGGUGGCCGCCCUUGAAACCUUCGCAGGAUCUGCCGAAACAUCUUCCAUCGGAGAGCUCAAGGGUCUCAGCCCAAACGCUCAGGUCAUGGUACGCAUGUCAGUCUUUUCUGCUUGGGCCGGCUUGCAGAUCGCCACUGCUGAGCAGAAGUACCUGGUCGAUGUGGUCAAACCUCAUGUUGCGAAAUUGACUCCACUUUGGUUAUCGUCCCUUCGAGAAUACUCCCGCUUGCGGUUCGAACCGGAUAUUUCGAACAACACUAGUGCAACUCCACUAUCAGAUGACCUCGAGACAGUCUACGCAGCAUUGAAUCGCGAGACUUUGCUCAAGUUCUACCAGGACUCGUGGUUAAAUCUCGUUGAUGCUAUUGCCAGUCUGAUUGACGAGGACAGUGAAUUUGUGUUUGAUGCACUUGACGGCAAGACUCAAGCCGAUGCUGACAACGGUAACACUGUAUCUCGAGGAAGCGAAAUCAAUUAUCGUGAAGAGCCUGUGGCAUUCUUCUUCGUGUUGUUUGGUCUUGCGUUUGAAGCUCUCGCUAGUAAGCCUGGCGCAGACUCGGCAACUGCAAGAGCGCAAAAGCUCGAAAUUCUGCAAGCACUCAAGAGAAUCUUGCGACCAUCAAUCUCUGGUAAUGCUAUCUACCAAGAAGUCAUCUUCAACGAGACAAUGGAUCUGCUCGAUCGCAUGGUCCUCACUGAGCCGUCAAACGUGCAGACUGUUAUCGUCGAGAUUGCAAGAAACCUCUGCGUUGGUCAUCCUUCGUCGAGACAGGGCAUGAGUGCAGACGAUCACUUGUCUGAUGACAUUGAUCAACUGUUCGAACUGACUCGCAUCAUUGUGCUUGUUCUGGCGAGCAUCGUGCCUGGUCUGGCAGAGAGUCCUCGUCCCGUACGCGCUGAGAUAUCAGACGAAGCUGUCGCACUAGCACGCCUCUCCUUGGAUGCACUGGUGGAUGCUUCCGAGGUCUUCCCUUUUAUUAUCAGAGCCGAUUUGCAUGCAUGUAUCUUCCAGAUAUUUGUCACCAUCAUGGGUACUGCAGCCUGCCAAGCGACCUUGAUACCACAAGCGUUGCCCAUCUUCCGCCGCUUCAUCAGCGGCGUAGGUGCCGACCCCAGCGAAGAGACCAAGAAGCAAAUUCGCAGCACACUUUCUCGCUUCUUGAUGGUUCUCAAGAACGCCCAGAAACGCGAGUUUGAAGCAUCUCUGCCGUGCGAGAAGAACACGAUACUAGCAGGAACCAUGCUCAUCACUUCUGCGAAUGCAGCUUUCGACGCCAACGACCCUCUACUAUUGCGCUUUGUCACUGAACUGACAGAAUGUCUCGAUAAUCCAAUGACGACCAAGAUGGCGGCUGGUUGUGUACGCACAUUGCUCGUUGUACCCAUCCGCGGCGCUGCACACCCAGCAAUCCUGUCACGCCUAUUGCCACGUCUGGUCACUUUCCUCGCCACACCCUCUGAUCUCGAAGGCAUCGAACGGAGCCGCACCAUCAUUGCCCAAUCUCUCACUACCAGCCUCUCAUCCCUACACGCCACUAAAAAACUGGCAGGAUUUGCCUUACUCAUCCCUACAUUGCUCGCACGAGCCGAAAAGGAGACCGGUGAAACCGUGCAGAAAGAGACAGCGGCCAGAUUGUUGGAAUUGGCUGGUAACGAUGCUAGUGCGUUCAGAGGUGUUGUUGUGAGGUUGAGUGCCGAGCAGAAGACAUUGAUGGAGAGAAUUAUCAAGGGGUCUCAGGGGCCGAAACAAGAGGUUAGGGAGGAGGUUGAGGAGAAGGAGCCGACGAUUGCUCUGAAGAUGAAUUUCUGA